AUGGCUUCAUUGUCCUUCACAAAAAUCUUUAUCUUGUUUUUGAUUACUUUGCUGUUCUCGAUAUCAAAUGCCGACUUUCCUCCACCAUACAAACUCGUUGACAAAGUUUGUAACAAACUAGAAGACACUGAUGUCUGCUUUCAGAUCCUUGAAUCUGAUGACAGGAGCAAGUUUGCAGAAAAUAUAACUAUCCUUACAACUAUCGCAUUCAAUCAGACAAUCAGACAUGCAAACGCACUACGAAAUGAACUCCGUGAAUUGAAAACCGGUUCUCCUGGUGAGUUGAAAUCUCUCAAAUCUUGCAGCCAUGCGUAUACUCAUGUGAUCUCGAAUAUGAAGAUUCUUAUGUCAGAAAAAAAAUUGUUCUUUGAUUGGUUAUCACAUUCAAGCUGCUGUGGACAAGGUUAA